GUGGAAUUCUUAUGAAAAAAAAUCACUGGCUGGUGACCAUGAUGCUUCAAGUUGCUUGGUCUAGACAAGCAGUUCUGGGUCUCUACAAAAGAUUGUUACGAGAAGGCACCAAUCUGCGCUACACAGAUCAGGAGUUCUACAAGAGGAGCAUUCAGAAAGAGUUCAGAGUUCACCAAGCUGAGAAGAAUCAGGCUGAACAACAGAGGCAGUUGGAUCGAGGGUUCUACUUUCUUCACAGCAAGCUGGGAGGACUUGUGUGACAGCAUAAUCAUCAUUCUGAUUUUAGUGCAGAUACUUGACUAUCAGAAGAAGUGUGACCAACGGUUAUCAUGGAUGGACAGACGGGAGAUUCAUUGAUGAAACGUAUGUACGCUGAUAACACACUGAGGGAACCUAGUGACAUCUUGAAGAUUCUGAAAGAAUUCACACUAUGUUCCAGAGACAACUCCUUCAGGAUGGCUUUGACCGAACCCAACAUUCGCUCAUUGACUGAUUACUUCCAGCUGAGUGCUGAAGGUGUAUCUAGUGAGCAAGCCCUUGCUGUCGAAUGCUGCACGGAAUGCUUGAGGUGUCUUCGGAAUGCUUGUGCCGGAUGUGUGAAGAACCAGGAGUUGGUGUUGACUCCAUCGGUAAUUCCAUCUGUGCGGCAGCUUUUGACGUUUCUCCUUGAGAAAAGUCAGCUGGAAGAUCCAUAUGUUGUACUGCUGAGGUGCUGUGUCCAGUUCCUGAAUAAUCUUGUCAGUGGUUUUGAGAACGGGCAGAGAGCAGUCUGGAAGGACAUCAUCCUUGAUUUGAUGCAUCGCCUUCUGCAGAUUCCUGAUAGUAAGGUGACCCAGUACUCCUGCAUGCUUCUUCAGGCUCUCCUGGAGUCCUCAGAAAACAUUUUAAGUUUUGCAGAGGCUGCAAAUGCAUCUAAAAGUCUGGAAGCUGUUUUGGUUGCUUGUUCAGAGGAAAAUGAGCACGACUUUAGUCUCCAGCUCGUCCAGUGCAUGCUGCGGUCCUCCGCCAUCACCUCUUCGUUAUUUGACCAGCUUAGCAUCUCCUCGCAGAUAAUCUUACUCCACAUUGCCAGUGCUUGCAUUUCCUCCGAGUCCCGCCAGCAGCAUCCAGAAAUACCCAAAACCAUAUCCGACUCUUUACUGUUGUGCUUUGCCCAGAAGUUCAAAAGCACUUCUCACUGCAUUCUUAGCCUAGCCAUGAAAGAUGGCCAUGAAGAGGACCAAAAUCCUCAACUUGUGAUGUCUCUCUUGGAUGUUCUAUGUGCUGUCUCUGCUGAAACUGACCUUCAGUCAUGCCUACAGGAGAUGGACUUUGUCCUGGAAGCCAGCCUAGAGCUGCUGGAAAUGGUAGAGCAGGUUGGCCGAAGCAGCAAUAAUGCCUUCAGCGUCAAACAAGACCUCACUGGAACUGCUACUGCGGAUGCUGCAGAGCCUGGGUAUGGCUUCAAGACAAACUUGGUUCAACUCAUUGGAAACCUGUGCUUCCGCCACAGAAGAAACCAGGACAGGGUCAGGGAGCUGAAGGGAAUUCCAACCAUACUCCAACAGUGCAACAUUGACAGCAAGAAUGCGUUCAUCAACCAGUGGGCCAUACUGGCCAUCCGUAAUCUUUGUGAGAACAAUCUUGAGAACCAGGCUGUCCUGCUGUCGCUUGAGAACCAAGGUGUAGCCGACAAUGAAGCUUUAGCUAGGUUAGGAUAUGAAGCAGCAAUGGGCGAGGAUGGUCAUAUAUAUUUGAAAAAUUUGAAGAGGUGAAACACUCUCCAUUAAAGAGAUGGUCCGGGCUGAAAAUAUUUAUAUCUUAAUACAUGGAGUAGAAUUCACUGAGCAAAAUGCUGAAAAUUAUUGGAUUUUAAAGUUUAGCA